ACUUCGCGUACAGUCGUCGCGACGUGCGGACGUUCUCUUUCCUUCACCCGAACAUGACAUAUCCCCGAAACGUCGAAAAACCGAACUGAACCCCCCAAAAUGUGUCAAACCUAACCUAAGUGCGUGUUGAUCCAAGUGCAGUGCCCAUUCGAGUUGACAAGAAAAAUGGGUCGACAACAAUUCUCGUUUCGGCAGAUCGAAACGAUAUCCUCUCGGAGCGCGGUUCCGAGCUGGUGACCAAGUGGCAAAUCGGAGUGUUAUGUGUGAAGGUGUUGUUGUUACUUGCGAAUCAUGCCCUUCGUGCUGCGGAGAGUGGAGCCGCGGCUGUUGUGUCGCGGGCACGUGCCCGCGGGCCCGACCCCGCAGGGAUGGCCCGUGGGCGCAGAAUUGGAGGCGGUCGCGAACGGCGCUCUGACCGCAUCCUUGAAACAACUCGCCUCGCUUUUGACCAUCGCGGAGGACAUCUUCGCAGAACUCACCGCCGAGUUGACCACCGUUGCCGAUCGCAGCAGCAAUCUACGACAGAGAUUGGACAAGGUCGAGGAGCGUCUCGCCAGCGUCGAUCCCAAGAAAGUACCAGUCCCGGAGUCGGAUAUUUGCACAUUCGCGGCAAGAAAGGAGAAUUUUCACAUGGUUAACAAACCAUCGACGUCGCUGUUCACGUUGAACACCAGACCAAAAGCCUUGAGGGAAUUAUACGAGGCUGCGGCAAUAGUCGCUGUCAGAAGUUUGGAUAGCUUGAGGAGGGAUGGCAGCUCCAUGGAUAUGUUCCUGUGCACGCCUGUCCUUGGCAAGAAGAAGAGAGACCAAAGCCUCGACAUAGAAUCCAGAAUCCCGGCCGUUAUCGAGGAUCUACGAAGAUGGACAUCCACCGAGGCGUUGGGGGACGUUACUGUACCACCGGAUUGCAUGUCCAGGAUCCUAGGAGAUACAACGACCGACGAUGCCGUCGAUCACAAGCUACCCAGCCCCGAGGAACAGGUUCAAGCUAUCGCGCUCAAAUUUCCUGCGGAAAUUGUGGCGGUGGACGUCAGCGGACGAGGGUUCGAGCGAAUGUCCAUGAGAAGAAGGUCCUUGCUGUCUGGACCGGAAAGUCAGGAGGCAGCUGUGAAAAGGCGGUCACGACCCCGGAGGCCUAGGGGGAAAAGACGGAACACGAUUGCUGGAACUGAUCAGAAGGAAAUUCGACAGGCCAUUGGAGGCGAAACGAUCGGAGAAGAAGCUGAAGAGUCACUGUCCACCAUAGCCACGCGAGCCCAUCGUUCGGCCAGCACCGACAUUCUGGGUUCUUCCAAGAAGGAGUCACCGAUCGAAAAGAAAUCGCACUUCAACACGCUGAAGGCGUGGGGUAUGUCCCGACUGAAACUGAUCAGUCCCAGGUCCAGCCAGCAACAGGAGCAGCAGGACACGACGGGUUCGAGUACAGAGAGGUCAGAACAGGAUCAAGGUCAGUCGCGAACAGCGGAAGAAACAAAUAUUUAUGAAAGGGUAACACCCAGGCGCAGGAAGGACAAGUCGCACGAAAGGAAGCCUAGCUCGUCCAGUUCGAGCGGGAAGAGCACCUCCAGCAUACCGGUAUCUGUCCCGAGCACGGAAAGACAGCCGAGCGUGAAAUUGCGCGAAAGCGCGGCCCAAAGGAGAGAAAGACGAAAGGGAAGCAGCAGGGACGAGCCUCCUCAUUCCAGUUCUGGAAACUGGAGUGCGUCCUCGGAGAGCGGGAGAGCCAGUAUCGGCAGCGAGACCACCACCACGACUCAUCAACCCAGAUCCACAACCACUACAUCGAUCGGUACGUCCUCAACCUCGUUGAGUCACGUGAGACGAUUCAAGAGACGAGAUACAUCCACCUCGUCCUCCGUAACGUCAGAAGGUACAUUGACCCCAGACAUCAUCCAAGAUAUCACGGUCGUACCCUUCUCGGACGACGGUGAGACAUCGUCCGUAUAUUCCUGCGAUACGGAAGGUUAUUACACCUCGUUCCACGUGGACUCCGGGCUCAAGACGUUGAGGGAGGAGGAUCCAGUUCCGCAGAGUCCUUUGACCAAGUCCAAUGACGUCAGCUCAGAUCCUACCUCACCGAUCGUCGAGAACGAGUACGAACUGUUUGGCCGAGGCUCGACAUCGACCACCACCAGCUCGGCGGGUACAGUUUGCACCGCCCUGAUGGCACCACCGCCGCCUGAGAGGAAAUCUAGCCUUACCGUUGUUGCAAUGGUGCACGGACCGAAUCAAAAUGGCGGCGAGUCUCCGGACAGCGGGCACAACACGUCCUCGUCCCCGGUGGAGUCAGCGUCGAGUCCCGCCUGCACAGGCAGAUCCUGCUCGGAAUUCGAGUACUCCGAGUCGAGUGACCUGGAGGGAUGCGAGAGGAUCGAGAGAAUUCGCUCUAAAACGGCUAUCAAUACCAGCCGCAUACCGUCCAUGUGCGUGAUCACGCCGCCAGGCUCGGACGACGAGCACGCGAUAGAUUCCGAUCAGACGAGCAAGAAAAACGAGACCAGAAAGACCGAUCUCCCAGCUGCAGGCUCGGUUCUCAUGUCCGCGACGGUGGGCACCUCCAAGAUGGAGGUAAUCAACGGACAGGAUAAGAACCUGUACGCUACCAUCCAGGUGUUACCGUCCCCGACCACCGAGAAGAACACCGGGCAGGCAGCGAGCAAAAUCAGCCCCCUCAGCGGAGUUUUGGGCAAGCUUCGUGGCGUUAGGAACGGAGAUCCGAGCAGGAAGCACAUGCCGAAGAGCGCGGUUCAAGAUCAAGCGGGCGCAGACUCUGGCGACUAUGUGACCAUAGCCGACGUGAGGAACAACAACGACAAACGUCAAGAUCCAGCUUCGAUCUCGACCGCCACUCCCGUCCAGCCGUCAACUUACGCUAACUCUGACAUCUUCAAGAAGGACGCAGAGUAUGUCAGUCUAAGCGAGCUGCCGAAGAAGCCGGACUCCUCGUUGGAGAGGAAGAGGCAAGGGGCGAGGGUCACUCUGGACUCGGAGGGUAAAGUCGUUUACUCUUCGGACAGCUUGAAGAGGAGGAAGGGCGCACAUACCACGUUCAAUCCAGGUCCAUUCGUGAGAGAGGGAGUGUCCCCGAAUCCGUCGCCACUGCUGCACCGUGCAACCCCAAAUAUUCGGGCAGUUACAAGGAGCAACGAUGCAGUGGAUGGUCCAGCGCCCAAGUCCACACCCCCAACGUCGCCCCAGCUGGGUAAGGUGAUCAUUAGGGCCGCGAGGAGUCCCGAACGCGCCGCCAGUCCGGACUACGUGCGAACACCGUCCAUGGUGGUGGGUCCCACGAGUCCAACGACUCCUCACCGGCAAGUUCGCGGGGCUUACGUCAACGUGCAGGAGGACGAAGACAAUACAUUGUUGGCGAUAGAUUCGGUGCCCCCUCACGGAAUAGUUCAACCACCCCCUUAUAUUUCGCCGCCCAAACCCGACAGUUGUCACAAGGAGAUAAUUCAGGAGAUCCUAAAGGAACCAGCCUCCCAGAAGCAACAAAAUUACGGAUCAGCCCAGAAGUUUUACGUGCACGAUCCACGGCUAAAUCUUUACGACAAUAAGUUAUCGGGUUACAAUGAUCAACGUCAGAUCGUGCACAUGCGCAACGCGAGGAACCAGCAAUAUUACGUGCCUAGGAAAGAUGGCAAUCAGCAGUUUUACACGCUGCCCACGAGAAGACCGCAGAGGGACGCGGAACCGCCGCGUAGCGUCACGCCGGACAUCACCAGGGGACUCAGGCGCGGGUCAUUAAGCGCCAUGCACAUGCUCGCCAGACACGGGCAGAAAGCGAUUUUGGAACAGGAUUCGAAUCGAUACGGCUCGCACGCAGAGUUGAGGACUGAAAAUAUCGAAACGGAGAACAGGCUGAUGCAGGGACAGCAACCACCCAUUGUGGAUGUCAGAAAUAGAUUCGCAACACCAUUAGGGCUUACAGCGCUUGGAUAUCGAUUCUUCGCGUCCUCGCCUAUUCGUGAUCCCGUUAUGAAGUCUCCCAGUGCUGACGCUUUAAAGCACAAUCCAAUUUCGCCGAUCAGGCAUACCUGUGACAAUAGUUUCAAGUCGUCUACACCGAGCGGACGCGCUAUGCCAACUGUUGCCGAACGUUUGGCUCUGACUGCCAACAACAAUUGUCCGUCGAUGCCGAAUUCCGGAAGAAGCACCCCGGUGCAAACAUCCUCUGGACGGAGCACCCCGACCAACCUCGUUCUUUCGCCCACGAAGAGCACCAUGUCCAACGAGGAGCUGUUCGCUGCUAUUCACAAAUCGAAGAAGCGACUGAACAUCAAGGAUGAUAGCGAGAACCAAUCUCCUUACGGUUCAACCACCUCGCUGGCCAAAAUGGCGCCGGGCAGCAGGAAUAGCUGGAGCUCGGAGCCGCAAAAGCCUCCGGCAACGCCAAACGCGUCGCCGUCGCCCGCGACCUCCCGGCUGGACUUCAAGCGUCUCCUGCUUCAGCAAAGCGUGAAGACGGGUCCCACCAGGCUAUCAGCAGCAGAGCAGUUAAAGCUAUCGCGUCAACACUGUCAGCAACAGCAAUCAUCGCCCAGUCAAACAACUCCGUUAGCUAAGGUCCUCAGCCCUCGUUCGGUGUGGAGGUUCCAGACUCCGCGGACGGACGUUUUAUCCUCGACCAUAAUCGAGGACACCGCGGCCGAGGAGAAGGCGAUGAAGCCGUCCCCCGAGAACAUCUCUCCCGUGUCAAGACUGAGCGCCAGAAGGCAGCUGGACCUGUGCAGCGACCUGCCCGACUACCUGCGGAUCAAUCAGAACGACAGAGUCCCCAGCUCGGAGACUCUGGCUUCGAAAUUGCCCACAAAGUCUUCGACCGAUCAGACAACUGACCGUUUGCAGUCCACAAGUAAUCCGACCCAGUAUUCCAACCCGCAAUUGACGCCCUCGUGCCAACAAGCGAUCAGUGCCUUCGAGUCGAGAAGGAUCAGCAACCAGCUGGCCAGGGCACAGUUCCUGGCUAGCACACCUAAUCAGACUACUUGCGUGAAAAAAGUGUUUAGAGCGAGGUCCGUGUCCCCGCAGGACGCCGGCUCGCAGAAUGUCGCGCGGAGUCCUAGUGCCCCUACGUUGGAAACUGCCCUUUGAUCGGCUGGGUAGUGGGCAGCCUUAUCUUUUCACUCGAGUGAUUCGGAAUUGGAGUAUUAAAGUAUGCUGUUGAAUUGGUACGAUGCUGAUAUAGCGGGGUUGGAAAUUUUUUGUGUAACAGAGCUUUCUUAUGUUUCCAAGAUACGACACUCAAAUUCUAGAGUCUAAAGUUUUGAAACUCGUUUGAAGUAAGACUUGAUAGAAUUCCAAAAAUGAUCAAAUUUUAUUCUUCAUCAAAUUCUAUUCUAUAGUGAAUAGUAAAAUGCAAACAUUCAAAAGAGUCAAAUACUUGUCUCAAGAAUUUACAACCUCGCUAUAUCUGCGCUCAGACGAAAAAGAGAACGAGUCUCUUUCAGUCUAAAAAUUGGAUAAAUAAAUAAAAAAGAGUAAGACAAUUGAAAUACACGAUAAGAUUACGUCAAUAUCUUAUAUCUAAUAUAUAAUAUUUUUUACUUGGUUCCUAACGUUACCUAUUUAAUAUUAAUUUUAAUGGAGUAUAACGACGUGUGAGUUUUACACCUGAAUGUCUUCGGUCGAAAUUUUGUUAAUAAAUUGAGAAAAUUAUUUAUGCGAUGGAGGAAUUAGUAUUACAGUAUUGGACUAUUUCGACAUUGAAAGUAACCUGAAGCGAAGAAAGUUACGGCUGGUGUUUCCUUCAGAUGUUGUAAUUGAAACCGAAGAUUUUUCAUACAGUUUUUAUUCCUAUUCGAUAUGAUACACAAAGAGCGUUGGAAGCAAUAAAUAGUCCUUUUGCUAAUCUAGA